AUGGAGGCGACGGAGGCGGAGGCGUACGCGACGCUUCGGGACGCCGAGCGCGCGGCGCUCGAGGUGGAGGUGCCGUGCGCCAUGGCCGAGGUCGAGCACGAGUUUCGCGCGGUGAGCGCGGCGAGGGCGUUGGAGACGCGACGGGCGAUGGUGAGGCUGCGAGCGCUGCUGCCGGUGAGGAUCGAUGAGGAACGAGGGAGCCGCGAGGCGCCGCGAGGCGUGCGCGCGUGCGAGUGGCGAGUGCCGGACGCGAUCGACGAUCGAGGGUUCGACGCGCACGAACUCGCGGCCGGGUUGGGGGCUUUGAUGCAUUUCAGCGCGCUCGCGUCGCGGUAUCUCGACGCGCCGCGAUUGCACAGAGGAUCGCACGCGGCGUCGCAGUCGUACGUGUGGGCGCCGACGAGCGCGUGGGACGACGUCGACUCGUCGGUGUGGGAGAAUAAAGGCACGGUUCACGUUCGUGAUUUCGCGGGCGUGAAUUCAGAGCGUUUGGAGCUAUUUCUACCGCGCGCGGUCGUCGAAGGAUCGUGCGAUCCCGCGUCGGUUCGCGAGAGCAGACUGCGGCUCAAGCGAGCGAUUCGACUGUUGACGAGAUCCGUCUCGGUCAUGUGCGCGCACCAAUCGCGAGAGUGCGGCGUGAUCGCGCCGCCUAAUUGGGGACCAUUUUCUCAACUGUGUGCGCUCACUUCGGCGGUGGCGAAAGGAGAAGAGACGACGACGACGGCGCCGCAACGCGCGCCCGCGCGGCGACAAACGCCGCCACAAAUUUUGCGCACCUCCACGAACGAUCGCCGCCGCGAGUCCGUGGAGAGUUUUGAAUCACGAGACAUGGUUCAACCCGUAACAGACGGCGCGCACCGCGGCGAUGUGGUUAAACGCGCGGUGUCGUCGACAAUAGCGGAAAUUUCGCGAAACCAUUGGUUUUCCGCUCACGCGUCGACGCCGCGAGAAUCCAACGCGAUCGUCGACGACGACGAGUUGCUUUUUGAGACUUUAAACGCCGGUGAUUUCUUCAUCGAUCACGAUUCAGUGGACGAUAUCGGUGGCUGGGAGGCGAUUCACGGCAAUCGUUUGCGCCCAGCGGCGGUCGAAGACGCCGUCGCCCCAGUCUCGAACCGCGGCCUCGUCUUACCGCCACCACCCAGCGCGGUGGACGACAUAGAGCAUUGGGAGCGCGCCAUGCUGGUGGAUAAUGCUGGUGGAUAA